GGAGUUGUGUCUUCCCUCCGCUGCUGUGCCCAACGAAUUUAUGUCGUCAGAAACGUUCCGCCGCCUCCCUUUUCUCCCCGGAUUUCGUUGCCGCAGUACAAUAUUCAGGAGCCACCGUUUGCUGGCCGCUGCAUUAAGUCACCGUCCACAGCUCUCUUGCCCACGCUACUCUGCGGUCUGUGCAGGUAUUACAGCCGCAAUCCCAUCUCAUCUAAACUCUAUGGUCUUUGUAUGCGCUGUUGAUAUGCUUAUUUGAUGCUAGAUUCUUGAACUAUCAGUGCUUGUAUCUGUAGAUGGUCUGGGUUUGCCGUAUUUUUGCCGUUUUGCAUCUGAAUUUUACGAGCGUAGCUCGUGAUGUAAAACAGAAUUUUUAUUGACUUGUUUACAAAUCUAGAGGCAUCUUUCGUGGUUCAUGUUUACUGUCAAGAUUGCUCCUUUAUGAGUGAUUCAUAUGUGAGACAUAUCUUGUAACAGGAGCUUGGUUGUUUUUAAUUUUUCUUUCAAGUUUAAUCUAUUUACUUUAGUGAUAGUCUCACUAAAUAAUAAUGUGUCAA